AUGAAAGCAGCAUGUGAGCAAUUACAGAUUUAAGAAGUGGUUGGUAUUCGUGGUUAUACAAACAUAGAUGUUAAGUUAUUUGGGUAAAAGCAAGUCACAAAGAUGUGGAAUCCCCUUAUGUACGCGCUAGUGUUUAAGAGGCAUGAUAUAAUGAAGUACUUAAUAGAAUAAAGGAUGGUAAAUGCAAAACUUUGCCUACGUGAUCCCGUUCAUUCUGGAGAGUACUCUGAGGUGAGUCCCUAAUAUGAAGUCAGAUCUAAAUGCUUUGCAGUCCUUGUCUCAAUAUAUAAUAAAGACUGGGUGACACUUAACUAUCUUCUAAAUAGUCUGCAUUAAUUGUGGUCUUAUCAUGAACUAGAGAUAAUUUUCUAGGAGUUGAAUAAUGUAAAAGAGCAGAGUGAGAUUAAUUUAUGCCUUGAAGCUAUCUUAAAAAGCAAAACUUUUGAAAGUAUCUUCCUGAAUAGAUGCUUCAAGCAUCAAAUGGAAUUGUUAACAAAAGUUAUCAGAGGCGACUUAUUUGAUGCUGGUGAUCCAUCAAUAUAAAAGAUAAUUGAUAACUAUUUCAGCAAUAAUCCAUAUACUACUGCAUAUUUAGUUGUCUUGCUUAAAUCAAAUCAUUACAAACCAGAAAAGAUAAAGAUUCUCCUUAGAAAAUCCCCGAAAGAAAUCAUAUAAAAUCAAAGAAAGUAAUUUUUAUCGCUAGUGGGAGAGCUUCAGUUAACAUAGCGAGAUGGAUCUGAGGAAAUCAUUCAAUAGAUCUUAAAACUUUUGAAUUCAGAAUCUUAAUAUACAUUAACGGGGAUUUACUCUAUUAUUUUAAAUUCUACAAAGAAUGGUGAUAUUUCGAAAUUGCAAGAAUACAUUUUCAAAUGUUAGUUUACCGAAAUAAAUUAAAUUACUAAUGAAGAGGAUUAAGUUUAGCAUGAACCUUCAGACAUUGAGAAGAUGCUUGAUAUAGCUGAAAUUGUGCUUAAAAACUGGGACAGCAAAGGGUAGAGUAUUGUUGAUGUAAAGUGUUUUCAUAAGAAUGAUUCGCCAUCAGGAUCAGAUACAAGUUUAAAAGUAAGACAAAACGAUUACAAAUACAUAUCAGAAUGGAAUCCAUUACUAUUAGCAGUAUAUUAUAAUCACAUGCAUAUUGUCAGAUAUUUUUGCGAGAUUGUUAAGAUCAAUCUGAGAUCGACUCUUGCAAUGUCUAAGGGCGGUGAACUUCCUCUAAUGUAUACUCUAGCUUGUGCUAUUGUAAAGCCUCAAUGUACAGAUAUAUUCUAGUAUAUUUGGAAUAACUACUCUUUUGUUUGGGACUACAAGUGUUUAAAGCAAGCUUUACUCAUUAUUAUUAAUUAUGAGAGAAUAGAUCUACUUUUAUUUGUACUAAGAAGCAAGACAGCACAGUCACUCUUCUUAAGCUUUUCAUAUCACUUUAGGAUACAGUUCUUAUCUUAGUUUGUUGAAAAUUACUUUGAUUAAAGCCCUGAACUCCUAGAGAGGAUGGAGAUUGAAGAGAGAAACAGGAUUAAUAAAAUAGCCAAUAUUUUCAAGAACGAAAUCUGCGAGCAACCCUAUGCCCCCAUAUCAAUGAUAAUCUUCUUAUACGUGCAUCCGGAUCAAAGAAGAUUUGUAAAUACUUACUAUAACGUGACUGAUAUUGACAUUGAAAGAUUUAUCAGAUCGAACUACGACUCUGCUAAAAACAUUGUUGAAGGUUUUAGCUCAGAUGAGUCAGUCUAGUAACUAAGAGAAGAGAUCCCAAACUUCAAAGAUAUUAAAGUAUAGUUGCUGAAUCUCUCCACCAAAAUUUAGAAUCACCCUUAGUAUCUGUCAAUGACUAAAACAAAAGAAGUUUCUAAAAAGAAGAGCAUGAAUAUGAUGCAAGAGGUUGAUAUGAUCUAGCUGAACAUAGAUAUUGAGGAUGAAAGUACUCGAAAUGAAAGUAGCUAACUUGGUAUCAAAGAUGUUGAUAGUUUAACUCUUCCUAUUUAUUGA